AUGCCUCAACCAGAAUUCAAUUUGCUCGAUGCGAGCAUCACAGAUCUUCAGGAUGCACUCUCAUCCGGAAGACUCACAAGCGUGGGCUUGGUAUCGCGAUACCUACGACGCAUCAGCGUCUACGACGCCAACGGACUGAAAUUGAGCGCGAUCCCAAUCCUCAACCAAUCUGUCUUCGAUGAAGCUGCUGCAUCUGAUGCACGGCGAUCAAAGGGACUCACUCCACGGCCACUGGAGGGGAUCCCCUACCUGGUCAAAGACAAUAUCAAAGUAAAGGGAAUGACAGUCGCCAACGGCUCCCCUGCAUUUGAGAAACUUGUCGCAAACGAAGAUGCUGCAUGUGUGCAGAUGCUCCGGAAUGCAGGUGCCGUUCUUCUGGGCCGGACCAACAUGCCUGCUAUGGCAUACGGCGGAAUGCAGCGCGGCGUCUGGGGUCGUGCGGAGAGUCCUUAUAACGACGAUUAUCUCGCGGCGGCGUAUGCCUCGGGGUCAUCUAAUGGAUCGGCCGUUGCCACGAGUUCGAAUUUCUGUGCCUUUUCUCUUGGUACCGAGACGGUCUCGUCUGGUCGAUCGCCGGCUUCGAAUAAUGCCAUUGUCGCAUACACACCCUCCAAGGGCCUCCUUCCGCUCCGCGGAGUCUUUCCUCUCUAUCCGACUUGUGAUGUCUUGGUCCCUCAUACUAGGACCGUUGCUGAUCUCUUUUACGUCCUCGAUGUAUUGGCUGCCCCUGAUCCAACUCCCGCAGGGGACUUCUACAACGAACAAAAUGUCGUUUCUAUUCCUUCGGUAGCCGAUGUCCGACCAGAGUCUUUUUCCACACUACAGGAGAAGUCCUCUCUAAAGGGGAAGCGCAUUGGUGUUCCCUCGAUGUACAUUGGAGGCGACGAUUCCUCCAUUCAGCCGAUUAGCAAAGUUCAAACUCGAGCAUCCAUCAUCAAACUAUGGCAGGAAGCUCGGCAAGCACUAGAGGCAUGCGGCGCUGAAGUGAUCGAAACCGACUUCCCCUUAGUGACAGACUACGAAUCCAAUGCCGCCUCAGGACAACUUGUCACUGUCGCGAAUCUCCCAGAUGGCUGGGCCGGCAAAGAACGGUGCGAAGUCGUCUCCCACGCAUGGGAUGAUUUUCUAGUCGCAAACGGUCAAAAAGGCCUCGACUCUCUGACGCUCGUCGAUCCCGACACAAUUUUCCCACUCGCACCAGGUUCGCUACUCGGCACACCAGAGGCCGCGAACAAGCCGCGAUGGGGUGAGAUUGUCCAGUAUCCUCACAGCAAACCAACUUCUAUCUUCGAAAUCCCAGGCAUGAAACAGGCGAUACAGGCGUUUGAAGAUGCCCGAAAAGAAACAUUUGAGAAAUGGAUGGACAAGUUCGGUCUGGACGCCGUCGUCUUUCCAUCUAAUGCAGACGUGGGUGCUGCGAACGCAGAUGCGGAUCGAGACGGGUCUCUCUUUGCUUGGAGUAACGGUGUCAAAUACUCCAAUGGUAAUCGGCCCAUCCGCCAUCUGGGUGUGCCGACUAUCUCGGUUCCUAUGGGUGUUAUGGAGGAUACAAAGAUGCCAGUCAAUCUUACCUUCGCUGGGAAGGCGUAUGAGGAUAACAAUCUUCUGAAGUAUGGAUAUGCUUAUGAGAUGGCCUCAAAGCGCCGUGUCCUACCACCUUUUGUGCCGGCUCUUGAUUCGGAUUUUAUUCCGAGUGGGAAGGCUUCGUCUAUUCAGUCCACCCCCAAACUCGUGGUAGAGACCCAGGUGAAGGAGGUUCGUGGCUCGGAAGUGGUUGUUAAGGUUGAGGGGGCUUCUGAGGGCGCUCGGCUUAGGAGUGUCUCGUGCUAUAUCAAUGGACAACCGUGCGAUACUACUCUAGAAAACGGAAAGUGGUCCACUACGGCUUCGUAUCCGGUGUCUGAUCGAGAUGGGAAGUGGGAGAAAUGGGCUAGUCCUGCGCUGAAUCAAACCAUUGUGGUGGUGACGGCAUACACGGACGAGGGCUCUGCGGCUGGCAAGCUCAUCAUGCUGUGA